CAUUUCCCUUCCCUUAUGGCUGAAGCUCAGGACAUAAGCAGAGGAUAGUAGAAAGUGAGCCUGGAGAGGCUGGCCAAGAAAUGCAUGUGAAGGAUCUGUGUAAGCCAGGCUAGGUCAUUUGAGCUGUACCCUGAAAGAAAGGGGGCCCAUUAAGAGAUUUAAAACUGGGACUGGCACAGUUUUAAAUGAUUAUAUUUUUAAAUGAUCACUUUAGCUACAAUGAGGAGAAAAGAUUGAAAGGGGAAACUAUCUAUGACACCACUCAACAGCUGAGACAAAAGAAAAUGCAAGCUAUCUAAAGCACUGGCUGGGGUGGGCCUGAGGAGAAUGACCUAGGGAAGUCUCUAGGAGGUAAAAACCACAGAACUCGAUGACCAGUGGGGUGGGAGUGGAGGAAGAGGUGAGAGAACUGAGAUGAGUCUUGGGUUUUUCAUUUGGUUGACCAGGUAAAUGGUGAGGAAAUGAGAUAAGUAAGGACCAAGUUUGGUGGUGGGGGUGAUACUGCUGACUUUGAAGUACCUGAAGAAACUCAGUGGAUACAUUCCUGGAGCUGGGGACUUAGAAUGAUAGGCUUGAAAUCAUCAGAAUAAAGGUGAGAGCUGAAACUCUGGGACUGGUAAGAAGACGAUGGAGGAGAAAAAAAGGGGAGCGUCAAUAUUUCAGGGGAGAAAAAUCCUAAGAGUGAGCUAGCUAGGGAGCAAAGGGAGGAGCUCCUAGGAGGGAGUGGUUAGUGGGAACAGAUGUCCUGGAAAAGUCAGGGAAGACAGUAGCUGAGAAGUGCCCACUGGAUUUAGCUACAAGGAUGACCUUUUCAAGAGCUGUCUCAGUGUGUGAUUGAGGGUAGGGAUAGCCAGACUCCAAAAGGUCAAAAACAGAAUGGUAAGUGGGGAAGUAAACUGUAGAUAACUGGACAAGUGUGGUAGAGAAGGGGGAGGUUGAGAGAGAAGGGUAGAUAGAGUGGGACAGAGGACUAUGGAAAUGUUUUGUUUGUUUUCUAAGAUAGUUGGGGUGGGGGAACCAGUGAGGUGGUAAAGGUGUACAAAGAGGAAGCUCACCUUUGAAAUCUAAUAGCUAUCUAUUAGAAGAUAGCUAUUUUCCUCCUAACAGCUCCAUGAAGCAAGAACUAUCGUUUCCGUCUUACAGAUAAGGAAACCGAGUCCCAAAGAAGGGAAGAGACUUUCCCAGCUAGGAACUGUGGGUGCUGAGUUCCAAACAUAGGUCUACCUGAUUUGUAAAAUCCUAUUCUUCCCAUUACACCCCAAGAAUCAAUAAAUUAUAAGUCGAUAUAUAGAGUUGAUUUUUGAGGUGCGGAUGGGUCUAAAGUUGAGGGUGACCUCACCUACCCACCUCAUAGUUUUCUUUUUAUGAGGUUGGUACCAGAGAUCCCCAGCUAACAAAGAAGGGUGGGAGUGGACAGUGAAUAAAAUGAUGUGCAUGACCCUGAGACCACGGCUGCAGGGUAUGGGAGAGUAAGGGAACUCUGAAAAAGCUACCAGCUUACCCUCAUGACAUUAAAAACUGAGGUGGGUGACCUUGACUUUGGAGGACUAGGAAAAGGACUGAUAAGGUCAGUGAGUUAGGUUGAGUCAGUCAUUGGGCCCAUGAGUGAUUUUGUAGGGCCUUAGGGUCAAGAGAGGAUAGGAAAAGAUUUGAGCUAGAGGGGAGUGAAAGCAGUGGGCUCUGAGGAGGUGUUGGCGAUCAAAGGACUCCUGGGUUGAGGUGGUUCUGGAGGAGAAACCAAUUGUCACUAGAGAGUAGGACUUGCUCUGGAAAUCUCAAUUGUUUCCUGCCAUCUGUUUGCCUUCAUUUUUUAUUGAAGCGUGUAGUUUGUAAUGCUACCCCUGUAUUUAAUCAAUAAAUGCCACUUAAUAUCCAUUUCCUGCACAUCUUUGUUGCUUGAAGCAUCGGUUCUGAGUCUAAGAGGAGGUCAUAGAAGGUUUGGGAGAGGAAGAUUUGGUCAGAUCAUGAAAAGCUAUGAAAAGGUUGAACUUUAUCUAAAAGGCUAAGAGGUGGAGUUGAAGGCUUGCCGCAUGACACUGAUGUCAGAAUGCUCAGGGAUGACGGCAAGACACCACAAAGCACUGUUCUGUUGGCCUAGCAACUGCCAGGCCAGAGCUACCUCAUUAGUGUAUGCAUUGGGAACUGAGGAACCAAAUUCCCAGCCGUGAUGUAGGCCCUAUUGGGGGUGGAGGAAUACAAGAUGGAUGCAGGAUCCUCACCCUGGAGUUCACACACUAAUGAAGUACAGAUAAAUGGAAAUGUGGCAUGAAAGUUCAUAGCUGAAGUCUGGAUGCAAUCCUUUGGAACCCCUGAGCAGGGGAAGGAGGAGAUGAGAGAAAGCUUCCUAGAGGUAAGAGUUUGAGGGGCAGGAAGAACAGCACAGGCAAAGGCACCAAACUGUGAAAUGGCCUGACCUGUUUUGGCAGCUGUCUCUGGGGCCUAUAAUAAGGCAGCGGGAGUGAGAGUGAGAAGCAGGGGAACUAUUGGUGAACACCCUGAUGGCGAAGGGUAAGGGUUUGCAUUGUUUACAAUACAUGUUUUUGAUGAGGACUCUUAGCUUCUCUCCCUUUUUUUUUGUCACCCACAGAUCUGGCAUAUCUUCCUGCUCAUAAUGAAAAUAGUCCUGCUCCAUUCAGCCAAGAUGAACCUCAUGGACAUCACCAAGAUCUUCUCCCUCCUGCAGCCAGACAAGGAGGAGGAGGACACUGACACCGGGGAAAAGCAGGCUCUCAAUCAGGCAGUAUAUGACAACGACUCCUGUACAUUGGACCAGCUUUUGCGCCAGGAGCGUUACAAACGUUUCAUCAACAGCAGGAGUGGCUGGGGCGUUCCUGGGACACCCUUGCGUUUGGCUGCUUCUUAUGGCCACCUGAGCUGUUUGCGGGUCCUUCUGGCACAUGGCGCUGACGUCGACAGCCUAGAUGUCAAGGCACAAACACCCCUUUUCACUGCCGUCAGUCAUGGCCACCUGGACUGUGUGCGUGUGCUUUUGGAAGCUGGUGCUUGUCCUGGUGGUAGCAUCUACAACAACUGCUCUCCUGUGCUCACGGCUGCCCGCGAUGGUGCCAUUGCCAUCCUGCAGGAGCUCCUAGGCCAUGGUGCAGAGGCCAACGUCAAGGCCAAACUGCCAGUCUGGGCAUCAAACAUAGCUUCAUGUUCUGGCCCCCUCUAUUUAGCUGCGGUCUACGGGCACCUUGACUGUUUCCGUUUGCUUUUGCUAUAUGGGGCAGACCCUGACUACAACUGCACAGAUCAGUGCCUUUUGGCUCGUGUCCCACGACCCCGCACCCUCCUUGAAAUCUGCCUCCACCAUAAUUGUGAGCCAGAGUACAUCCAGCUGUUAAUUGAUUUUGGUGCUAACAUCUACCUUCCAUCUCUCUCUUUGGACCUAACCUCACAAGAUGAUAAAGGUGUUGCAUUGUUGCUACAGGCCCGAGCUACCCCACGGUCACUACUAUCACAGGCCCGUUUAGUUAUCCGCAGAGCACUGUGCCAGGCUGGCCAGCCACAAGCCAUCAACCAGCUGGAUAUUCCCCCGGUGUUGAUCAGCUACCUCAAACACCAACUGUAGUCUUACAGCCUUCCCAGGAGCCCAUGAUGCCUCCAAAAACCACCUGGGGACCCAGGUAGUUGAAGAGCAUUACAGCUCCAC